GGAGACUAAUGGCGUUUUGCUAUUGGGAGGGUGAAGAUGAAAUCAUUGAACAUAUGAGGACAGAGUCGAUUCAUUUUGAGCCGUCCAUGACCAUCCAUGAAUGGUGAACCAGACCGUCGGCACUCCUGCUCGGCGAUCGUAUCCGACCUCCUCCCCUCGCUUCCCUCCCAAAGCGACACCCCCAAAGACCCGAAGGCCAAGGUGGGGCUGCAACUCAAACGAUCGUCUUCAGUCUCAGACUUCUCGCUUGCGGCGAGGACUCCGGUGAGAGAGGAGGAGGCAACGACGUUAGUGUUUGUAUGGAUAUUGGAUCCGGCCGAAGAGAUCGGCGUCGGCGCCGGUGUAUGCAUCGUCGUCUGCGGCGGCAGUGGCCUUGCCUUUAGACUUGUUACUCUUCUUGGCCUUCUUCACCAUCGACUUGGUGUCCUUGGACGACGAGUAGUUCGCCGCCGCCGUCACCCUCCAUGGGCUGUCGGACCUUGGGCCCGUCGUUGUUGCCCUUCGAAGAAUCGUUCGCAACAUUUCGCACUCUUCACUCCCUCUCUCUCUUUGGGGGGACAGUAA